AUGAAAUCGAGUGUUAAAUUGACGGAAAGAAAACCGAAGCGAACGUUUUCAGAAACUUGGCUUACGGAUAAUCGAUAUAAGUCAUGGAUACGAGAAGUACUAUCUGAUAAUACUCUUUAUCACUGUACUAUAUGCAAUAAAAGUUUGUCGUGCGCUUCAACACAUAUCUCGAGGCAUGCAGAGUCAGCGCAUCAUAAAAAUAAUAUUAGAAAUAAAGAUGGUGACGACGACAGCUCCUUAGCAAAAAGAUCUCGUAAAUCUGUAUUUCAAUAUAGAUGGUUAGAUAGAGUGGAAUUUAAAAGCUGGUUACGCGAAGUGCCAUACGAUUCAAGUUUAUUUUUUUGCUUAAUUUGUGACAAAUCUGUUGCUGGUGGUUUAUCACAGAUUGUUCGUCACUCAAAAUCUAAAGUACAUAUAAAAAAAAAUACAGAAAAGAAUUCUGCCGAAGUGAGUCAAUUGAAUAACGAUUCGCAUACUCCGUCAACUAUGCACAAUCGAGCUACGCAAACUGAAUUGCUUUCGUCGUUUGAAGAACGUAAGAAAUCCGCAGAAAUUAGAUUUGCCGCAUUCAUUGCCGAUAAAAAUAUCCCCCAUCAAAAUGCAAAAGAGAUUCUUAGCUUUUUCCAACAUGUAGGAGAAGAUCCUAACGUGUUGAAAGCCAUGAGUAUGGGUCGUACAAAAUGUAAAAAUAUCAUUACAAAUGUUCUGUGCCCAAUCGAGACGGAACGUGUGGUUAACAAAAUUCAGAACACAAAGUUUACGAUAUUCAUCAAUGAAACAUCUGACAAUGAGAAAUGGUUGACUUUUCUCGUUCGUUAUGUUGAUCCGGAGACGUUAGACAUUCGAUCACAAUUAGUUAAACUAAUUGAUAUUGAUACCACAGAUUCCAAUGCGGAAAAAUUGUUCCUUGUAUUUAAAUGUGAAAUGUGGAGAUUACAGAUAUUGUUUUUAAAUAUUGUCGCUUUGUCGUGUGACAGUGCGUCUACCAUGACAGGAAAACAUUUACUGUUCAAAAAAAAAUUAGAAGAAGAAUGUCCGCAUUUGUUAACAUUUUCCUGUCCUUGUUAUGCCACUUUGUUAAUAACUAAUGCUGCAUGCGAUGAAAUACCCAUGGCUUGCGAAGAAUUUGUUACAAAAAUUAGCGAUUAUAUUAACUGUAGUCCAAAAUGUUCGUCUGUUUUUUCUGAAUUUUGUGAAUAUUUUCAAGAAAACAAUAGAGUAUCACGAUUAGGUGAUACACGUUGGCGUUCUCACUACUUAUGUAUAAAAAAACUUUUGGAAUCUUGGGAUGCAAUUAAACAUUUUCUCAAUGAAAUAAGUGUGAAUGAGAAAACCAGAUCUGAAGAAUGUCUGUUGUCUAUGAUGGACAAUAUAGAGUUAAAAGCUUAUUUUCUGUUUUUAGAGUACGCAUUAAAUUUUUUUCACAAAUUUAGUACAUUUUUUCAAGGAUCAGACACUCGAGUACAUACUUUGCAGCCCAAAUCUGCAAGUCUUCUUCUUCAAAUCUGCCAAAAUUUUGUAAAAGAAAAGUGUUUAAAAGUCAUCUCUCCAAAUGUAGCAUUCUCUUUAGAGGAGAAUCAAAAAAGUCUUCAUCAAAUUAUAUUAGGAUUAGAAUGUGACAAAUACCUUCAGAAAUUAUUGGAACAUGGACACGAAGACGAAGUUGAAAUAAUUCGAAGGAACUGCUUAAAGUUUUAUGUAACUGCUGCCGAAAACAUUCGCAAGAUGUUGCCUGUGAACAAUGUGUUCUUAUCGAAAUUACAAGUUUUGAAACCUUCAUUACAUUUAUUCGAUAAGGAUAGAGAAACAUCAUUUGCAGAUAUUUCUUUCAUAGCUCAGACUAUUGGCGGUUUCGACGAAGUCUAUUUAAAGAAGGAAUGGGUCGCAUUGUCAUUAGAUUUCACAACGAGCGAGAAACAAAGUCUUUCUAAAUUAAAUUUUGACAAUAUGUGGAAAAAAAUCUUACAAUCUUCGUACCCAAAUAAUACAGCCAAAUAUCCAAAUCUAAUAAAUAUUCUGAAUGCUAUCCGAUCACUUCCUAAUUCAAAUGGCGAUCCGAAGAAUAUGGUUUCCAUCGUACAGGAUUUAACUUCAAAAAAACGCAACAAACUUUCGCCGGCUUCGGUCAAUGCCAUAUGCGUUUUUAAGUCUGCAUUGAAGGCGAGAGGAGAAUCAUCAAUGAAUAUGACGAUCGAAGAAAAACAUUUGUCUCUUAUGUCAUCAGAUAAACUAUAUGCUAGUGCUACUAAAGAGACUGCAGUAUUAUAA